ACAAAUAUUUUGGUUUUUAAUGGUAAACGGGUUUCGAUAGUGUUUAGGAUGCAAAUGUCAAUUUUAUCAAGUAUUGGCAUUGAUGUAGACGAGUCCCACAAUCCCUGGGACAAUACAAUCUCCAGGUCGAUGACAAAUGCCUUGUUGUUGGCCGAGAAAACAGGCCAUCUUCGGAGAACAGAUCAUGAAUGUGCAGAUAUGAUGAAAGAGACAAAAGAAAAACUCCCCUCUUUAAAACUGAUUUCACUUCUGAGAGAAAUUACAACAAAGAGAAGGGAACACAAUAAGGUUCUCCUUGAAGUGCAGAAAUUUGUGGACGAUAAAGAAACAAGGGACAUAACUCAAUUGGAUAUGUUAGAAGUGAAAGUGAAAGAAAUAAAUGAAUUGAAUAACUACCUACAAAAUAUCAUCAGUGGAAAAGAGUUUUUGCUGAACCGAUUACAGCAGCCUUAUAUUGGAGAAUUCCUCAAACUGGAGGCAAACUACCACAUGUUUGCCAGUGAACUGUUCCCUCAAGUCUCAACCAUGCUGGCUGACCUUACCACCAAUAUAGACACAGUAGACUGGGCUGCCAGUGCUGACCUUGAUCAUUAUAAGUUUGAUUCUGUACUGGAUCACCUGACCAAAUGUGUGGCUAAGAUGCAAACCCACUUCCAGACUCUCUGUAGGCUGAGAGAUGCCCUGAACCAAGUAUACAAGCAAAGGGAGACAACUGGAAGCUGAUAUUUUGGGCUCGAUUUUUGGUCCAUGAUAUUGCUUUGUUUAUGGAGGAAGACAAGAAUUAGUGUGAUAGAAUCAGAUAUGUCAGUUUGUGGGUAUAACACCAACAGACAUCUGCUAUCUCAUGUUUUCAUUGUAAUUAACUCUGUCAGUCACGAUUUAAGCCAAUAUUCAUUUUUUUUAACAUGGAUUUGAGACGUUCAACUUAUAAUAGGAUAUUGUGUAUGUCUGGUACUACUCGCUAUACUGACUUGUCAUAGACCUGAUCUUAAAACUGACCUUUAUUUUAUCACCAGUCAGAAUUGUUACAAUUCAAAAUGGGCAUAAGGGCCAGCCACUCCUGAUCAGGCCUGAGAUUUACUUGUUUACAUGUGACAGCAGCUCUGAAUAAUUACAAUACUUAUAUUGUGCUAACCGUUUGAUUAUUUUUAUCCUGAGGAGCCAGUGUCAAAUGCAUAUGUUGAUCUGCAGAAAUUAUCCUAAUGAUUUGGCCUGUAUUGGCUAUUGUGCAGGCAGACGCAGUACAUCAGGCAGCCUUCAGUUGGGAAAAGAUUCAUGCGCAUAAGAAGGUUUUUUUUUUUAGUAUUAUGUUUCUUGGGUUAUUUUAAACAUUUUGUCAAAUCUUUGUUUGAUAAGCAGCAAUAAUUUAGACUGAAAUAAGUUCUGAGAUUGAUAAAGGGAUCCAGUGCUGUUAUUUUAUAUAAGGUAAAUAGGUCUGAAAUUAUAUUAUUAAUAGAUAUUAAUGAAGAGGUCUACGAAUUUGAGUGCCAUAUUAUUUUCUUAACAUGCAUUCAUUAUCAUGUCAUCUCCAACAUUUAAGUGAAAUAAAUCAUAUGUAUGAGAUGAAAUGUGCCAAUUGUAUAUCAGAAAGCUCUGGAUAAGAAAACUUUUGACGAUGCAUAAAAGGCAUCCUAGAAGUAGAAUGAAGAAAUUUCACCAUGCUCCACACGUAUUCAGUGCUUAAGGAUAAACUGGGAAGACUUUUUUGCAACAUUUAUGAAGGAGUGUUUGUGGGCAUUUGAACCCAAUCUGAUUAAAAUUCGAUCAUAUGUAUACCUCUUCCCUGACAACGAUAUACAUAAAAUCAGAUCGAUUUGAGCCCUAAAUGACUUAGUUUUCAAACAAUGCUAACCAGUUUUUAUGAUCAGCACAGCCUUAUUUUAGGUUUGGGAAAUGACUCACUUGGCCAGCAGCCAUACUCUGACCUACAUUACAAGACACUAGUAAGCGAAUUAGGACAUUUAUGGAGAAAUGGAGCUGAAGGAUUUAUAGUUUUCAUAGCAUUACUGUACUCUGAACAUAUGUGCUGACAUGAAAAAUGUAUACAGUGCAUAUAUCCACUCUAUUAUAUAACAUACAACAACUACUACCACUACUUGACAAUUUGGUAUACAGUUUGACCUUCAGACAUGUGACAAUUGUUUUGUUAUCAAUGGUUGGCCGAGACUAAUUUAUGUGUGCUGAUAUGACAAGAUUACACGGCUAACGCCAUGCACUUUGAAAAUUGUUACCGGUGUGUAUGUAUGCUGACCCACAACACACAAGUCUCUGUUCCGUCCAAGACUCCAUUGUUCAUGGAUAAUGACAAUCAA